GCAGCUUGUAAUGUUCUCAUCUUGUCAUACCGGAUCUAUCCCAGUGCUGCCUAUAAAACAGAAGCAUCAUCGUGUCGCAAUGAAAAGGGAAUUUUUAAUAAUUGUCACAGUUUGGGCACUGCUAGUUGCAAGUGUUAGUGGAGGCGAAGGUUGUUCUUCCUCAUCCGACUCCUCCUCUAGCAUGUGCGGUGGCGGUGGCGGUGGCGGUGGGGGGGGGGGUGGGGGUGUUCCUGUUCUUAAGAUUCAGAAGAAACGUGCAGUUGCCAAGACUGAUGACGCUGAGAUUGGAAAGGCAGCACCGCUGAGAUAAGAAAGAGAAAUGCGAGCUCUCCUUGUUGCAACACUGAGAAACAUCACAUCAGAGUUCAGCUACUUGAAUUUUAUAUAUCAACGAUUGAACCAAACUUUUUCGGAAUAUUCAUAUUGACAAGUUGACCUCGAAAUCUUUAUAUUCUAUUUGAAUGAUCCGCAUAAAUGACAUCAAAAUGCUUCUUUAAAUUUAUGUUUUAAUUAUUAAAAACUUAAAUUCUAUAAUUUGCACAAUAUUUAAAGUAAUAAAACGAGAGCAUUGC